UGACUGCCUUGACUUAAGAUACAGUUCUUGAAUGUUCAAGACUUCAAUUCAAAGAACCAAAAAAUAUCUCCAAAUUAUUUAAACCGUGUGGAGCCACAUAUUAUUAUAAUUUUCUCUACAAUAAACUGGUUUUUUGUUUUGCUUCUUCUUCUUGUAAACUAAUAAUUUUAAAGAGAAAAAAAAGAUGGCUGAAUCCAUACAUAUUAUGGAUGUUAAAGAUGAAGAUGAUAUUGGUAGUGACAAGACUCAUGCAACUGCCGAUCGCUUCAAUCAAAAGGUUACUAAACUAUUCCUGAUCUCCAAUGUCAUCUUAGAGCUUCCAUCAGCUGCUUUUGAUCAACUUUCAUCUGUGCAUCAGCCUCAGUAUGCACUAUUUAGUAUGAUCUUGUCUUACAUAAUCUUGAUCAUUUCGAUUAUUGAUCUUGUUCACAAGAUUCAAACAGAAGGAGUAACUUGGAUGAUGAGAAGAUGGAUACCCUGGUUUUAUUAUCCAUAUCCGAAUCUCAAGCCAUUCGGAAGAUUUCCGGACAUUGUUGGAUUCAUUUGUGCAAUCUUACAAUGCAUUUUCGCAUCACUUUCGUAUGCGUUUGUGACUCGACAUAUCGAUAAUCCAAUCAAAAUAUCCUUUUGGCCUAUGAUAUUUGCUUUUGCUCUACUGUAUUCAAAAUUUUCAGUUAAACAAAAAUCAACUAUGAAGAGAAGGAGAUUGACUAGAGCCACGGAAUUCAGCUUCGCAGAGCUUGCUGCCGCAACUGAUAAUUUUUCGCCACAAAACAAGCUUGGUGCAGGAACUUUCAGCAUUGUUUAUAGAGGGAAACUAGUAAAUGGUAGUGAAAUAGUGGUGAAAAGAGGGGAGAAAGGUCAUGAAAAGAAUUUUUCCGAAGAGCAACACAAAGCUUUCGAUUCUGAAUUUGAAUUCCUGUCGAGGCUUCAUCACAAACAUCUAGUUAGACUAAUCGGAUUCUAUGAAGAUGAAUACGAGAGGCUUUUAGUCUACGAGUACAUGAAAAAUGGAGAUUUGUAUAGGCAUUUGCAUGACAAGAAAUGCAAUGAAAUGAGUACUAUAAAUUCAUGGAAAAUGAGGAUCAAAAUUGCUUUAGAUGCAGCAAGAGGAAUAGAUUACCUUCACAACUAUGCAGUCCCGCCUGUAAUUCACAGAGGAAUCAAAUCUUCCAACAUUUUGCUCGACUCGAAUUGGACUGCAAGAGUUUCAGAGUUUGCAUUUUCGGUGAAAGCUCCUGGAUCAGAAAACAAUAACAAGCCAAUGAAGGUAGGAGGAACAACAGGAUAUGUCGAUCCUGUGUACUAUACUCGAAAAACGUUAACUCCGAAAAGUGAUGUGUAUAGUUUCGGCGUCGUAUUAUUAGAACUUUUGACAGGGAAGAAAGCUAUAUUCAAGGAUGAUCAUGAUGAUAGUGGAGGAAUAGCAAGAAGCAUAGUGGACUUUGCAGUGCCGAAAAUAUUAUCCGGUGAAGUUGUUACGGUUUUAGAUCCAAGGGUUAUUCGACCGGAGCUUAAGGAAGCGGAGGCAGUAGAGCUGGUGGCAUACACUGCACUUCAUUGUGUGAAUUUGGAUGCCAGAGAGAGGCCGAAUAUAGGUGAUGUAGUUGCCAAUUUGGAGCGGAGUCUGGCUCUCUGUAAUGAAAAUAGUGAUGAUAGUUUAGUAGUUUCGACUAGGGACCGAGCACAAAAUGAAACUAGACCACUUUUAAGAAUAAGUUGAAAUCGGAAACGGUUGAAUAAUAUUUCGUCUGUAUAGAAUUAAGAGGCUAUAUUUUUAUUUUUGGUGUCUUAAAUUAUAGACCACCUUCUGUUUUUGGUGA